AAGAGGGAACCCCAGACUGCCCUUGCUCACAACCCCCAUACAUGGCCCCAGAGGUCCCUCUGAAUCCUGAGCCACCUGGCAACGUGAAAGACAUGCUGCCCCACCCAGCAUCCCUCCUCAAGGCAGAGGGGACAAAGGGCAAGCCUGCCACCCCAGAGCCAGAGCUGCCAGAAACAGCCCAGAUCCAGCCUGAGCGUCCUUCUGCCAGGAGGACCCGCUACCACAUCACUGUCAUCCUGCAGGGGCGUGGGCAGACUGCUGGGGAAGAGGGUGAGGAGCCCAAACCGGCCCAACAAGCUCUCCACCCCUUCUGCCCUGAGGAAUUCAGGGGCUGGCAAAAUCCUCCCCAGGGGCUCCGCCCCAUCACGGGGUGCCCAACUGACCCACCCCAGGAGUCCCGGUUAAGAGCUUCACGGCAUCAGGAAAGCUCAGCCCAGCAGCAGGAGCUCCGGGCCCCCUGGACACCUGGGUCCCCACACAGACGGGAGCUGGGCCAGACCGAACCAAGUGCUCUUCAGGACGGGCUGCUGGAGCCCAGCAUGGAGGAGGCAGGCAGGUCCCCAGCUCGGACAGAGGCCCGAGUGGUGAGUGCCAGACUGGCAUGGCAGCAGCGGCCCCCUGCCCAGGAAGAGAGCAGACAUCGUUUUCACAAGGUGUCCUUGGUAUCGGAGGCCCACGUGGAAGCCCCUCGGAAGGAGAUGUUUGACUACAGUCACCGUGGAGAGGGAGUCAAUGGUUUUGCUGCAGGGGGAGAAGAGACUGUGAAUCACCGAGGCCCCCAAGUUGGGGAUGACUCCAAGAGCUUCCAGAGCCAUGGGCCCAUCUUUUCCAAAAAGUACACACUACCUCCCAGGGAGAAGAGGCUGGUGGGGAGGCUGAAAGAGGCUGUGGACCAGGGUGAUGGCAGCUCCCAAGACCCUAGGACUGAGCCACCAAGCCUGGGAGCCAUAGCAAGGACUGAGCUCUUGGUGCCCCUGCCUGGGCCCCGUGAGCCAAGCCCCCACCCAGGCAUGAGCCUUGAGAAACGGCGGGUGACACGCACUGUGCGGACCACUGUGGUAGUAGGAGGGCAUGUAGACCAGCGAGUGAGAAGCUCUGUGACCUUGGAGCCAGUGCUGCCAAGGGGCCGCAGUGUUGUACGGGCGACGGUGGUGAGCUCCAGGGUUGAGGGCUUGCCCAGCCGCAGUCAGGCCCUGGAGCUGCUAAGUAGUAUUGUGCCUGCUGGGCAAAAGCCACCUGCCAGCAGGCUUCCCCGGCCCGUGGCUCCGGUGCCAAGGAGUGCAGGUCCGAGCAGCACAGUGGACACAGCCCUGGGACAGCUCCCCGAGAUGGAGAAACCGGAGCCAAAAGACAGAUCUGCCCCAGACCCUGUAGGUAUCCCAGAGGGUGCUCACUCACCUCAGAACCAAGAGGUCCCUGCAGCCUGCCCAGAACAAGACCAGGUCCGAGCUUGGGACACUACAGACCAUGAGGUCUCAAGGGUGCAGGGAGCCUCUAACCCCCCCACCCAGCUCUCCCUCCACACCUCUCAGGGCCACGCACCAGUACCCUCUCCUCCCAGACUCCAGACCCAUACCCCUUCCCCAGUCCUAGACCACGUUCCCGAGCAGCCUGUGGUGCCCUCUCACCCCAAAGUCCAGCUCAUCCUUGACCCCCAGGGACCCCAGGCCUUGCCCUCUGUAAAAAAUGAGGGGAUCACAGGUCCCCCUGCUGCCACCAUCAUGCCCAUGGGAAUAAGUGAGGCUGCUACUGUUCCUGGACAACCUCCAUCCUCUCCAAGAAGGGAGUGUAUCCCCAGCCCAGGAAAUCUGUCUGCUCCCUCUUCCCCAAGGAAUAAGGUUGUUCAGGACUCUGAAAAUGGCCCUAUCUUCCCGUUUACCCAGAAAGAGACAGUGGAGGUCCCUGAUAUUCCUGCUGACACAGCCCCCACCCACAAAGGGGUUGUGGAGGGUCCCGGUACUCCUGCUGCUUCCUCCCCCAAACCAACUGAGGUUGUCCAGGACCCAGAAGGCAGGCCUAGCACCCCCCCAAAAGUCAUCCAGGGUAUUGAGAGCAGCUGUGGCUCUUCCCUCACCAAGGAAGAGUCUGUUCAAGGCCUGAUUGCUCCUGCAAUCCCAUCCUCCCACAAGGAUGAGGUUGUCCAGGGCUCUGAAGGGAGCCCCAUCUCAUCUCCCACCCAAACCCAAAAGGAGGUUGUCCAGGGCCCUGCUGUUCUCCCUGCUCCCUCCUCCUCAGUGGGCAAGGUGCCCCCCAGCCCAGCAGGGCCCCAGGCCCCAGAGUCAAUGGGAACAGGGGCCAGCCCCGAGUCCCGGCUUGUCCCUGACUCCACUGAAGACAAGACGCUCCUGCAGUCACUGAGGGAGGAGGAGGAGGAGGUGGCCCUGGAUGCCGACCUGGAGACUUUCCUGGACACCCUGCGGAGCAUGGAGUCCCCUGAGAUCCUCCGCACUCACCGGCUGCCACGAGCGCCCCGCUCCUCCUACUUGGCCACGUACGCCACGCUACCCCCUAUCGAGGAGGACCAGCCCAGGCCAGGGGCGCUGGGACCCAGCCCCCAGGAGGUGCCUGCACUGGAAGAAAAGGAAAAAGAGGAGGAAGAAGAGGAGGAACCAGAGAACCCCUACUUGAGUGAUGAUGAGAAGCUCCAGCGCAGGCAGGAGAAAGCCUGGGGCCUCUGGGACUCCGGCCCUACCAGGCCCCACCAGACCUCUUCUUCUCCUCUGGAGAUGAUGAAGAAGCAUGUCACAGAUGCCAAGCGCUCCCACUCAGAGCCAGGGUCAGAGUGGCAGAUGGGCACGAGGCCUACUUCCCGCCUUGGUGGCAGUCUUUUCUUUGGUGGUCUGGUGCCUGCCACCAAGGAGGUCCUCACCUUCGGAUCACUGGGCACAAAACUCUCUGCUCUGCCUCCCCAUGAGGCACCAGGGCUCAGAAAGGUGCCAGGACAGCUGCCCCUGCUCUGCAGUGAAAAGUUGCCGACAGAGAAGCCUGAAUGUGCUGGGCCCGCUGAGGGCUGGAGCUCAGCACCGAAGACGCAGGGCAAACUGAACACCAGGCCAGGAAAGGUGAUCCUCUUCUCAGAGCCCGGCUGCCAAGGCAGCAGCAGGGAGGUUUGGGAAGACAUUGCUGAUGCCUCCGGCUGGGCCCAGGUGGCCUCCAUAAGGGUGCUUCGAGGCUGCUGGGUGCUAUACGAAGAGCCAGAGUUCCAGGGCCAGAAGCUGGUCCUGCCUGAAGGAGAUGUGGAACUUCGGGCCUCGGGGACAGCGUGGAGUCUCAAAAGCAUCGGGUCCCUGAGGAGGGUUGUCCGGGACUAUGUUACCCCAGAGAUCAGCCUGUACUCUGAGAAGGGCCUCCAGGGGGAGCAAGUGAAGCUAACCGAGCCCUUGGAGGACCCCCAGAGCCUGAAGAGGCCCAUGCAGGUGGCAUCUGCCACUGUCUCUGCAGGACUGUGGCUGCUGUACCCCAAACCCUUGUUUGAAGGCACUCCCUGCAUCCUGGAACCUGGAGAGUACCCCAACUCUGAGGCCUGGGGUACAUCAGACCCCAGUGUGGGCUCCCUGAAGCCCAUGAAAUUGGGCUGCCCAAGAGUGGAGAAGCCAGGGGAACCCAAGGCUGUGGUGUAUGAGGCCCCAGGCUUUCAGGGCCAAAGCUGGGAAGUGAGCCGAGACAUCUACAACCUUCAGCAGCCAGAGGACAGUCACAGCCCCCACCUGGCCUCCGUGGGGUCCCUGCGAAUUCUUGGAGGCUGCUGGGUGGGCUAUGAGAAGGAAGGCUUCAGGGGCCACCAGUAUCUGCUGGAGGAGGGGGAAUACCCUGAUUGGUCACACUGGGGAGGCUAUGAUGAGGCGCUGAUCUCCCUACGGGUCAUCAGGACGGACUUCUCGGAUCCGGCCGUGGUGCUGUUUGAGGCCAUGGACUUCGAGGGGCACCACGUAGAGGUGAGCGAGGCACUGCCGGACGUGGAGCUGGCGGGACAUCGCACUCACACGCAGUCUAUCCACGUGCUCAGCGGCGUGUGGGUGGCCUAUCAGGAGGUGGGCUUCUCGGGGGAACAGUUUGUGCUGGAGAAAGGAGUGUACCGCAACUGCGAUGACUGGGGCGCAGGCAACAGCGCCCUCGCCUCGCUUCAGCCGGUCCUGCAGGCGGAGGAGCACAAUCUGCACUUUGUCUCAAAGAUUCAGCUUUUCUCGGGUCCCGACUUCCUGGGAGACCACAUCUCCUUCGAGGAUGACCAGGCCUCUCUGCCCCCUUCUUUCCAGCCCCAGUCCUGCCUUGUCCACGGCGGCAGCUGGAUCCUGUUUGAUGAGAAGAACUUUGAGGGUGACCAGCACAUUCUCUCCGAGGGCGAGUUCCCCACUCUCACGGCCAUGGGCUGUCCAGCCUCCACAGUCCUGGGCUCCCUCCAGAAAGUACCCCUGCACUUUUCAGAGCCCUCCAUUUUCCUGUAUGGACUGGAGUGCUUCGAGGGGAAGGAGAUUGAGCUCAGUGGAGAGGUGCGGAGCCUGCAGGCCGAGGGCUUCAGCAACCACGUGCUGUCCGUGCGGAUCCAGGGGGGCACCUGGGUGCUGUGUGAACACAGUGACUUCCGGGGCCGCCAGUGGCUGGUGGGCAGCUGCGAGAUCACCAACUGGCUGACCUACAGUGGGACCCAGAGGGUGGGCUCCCUCUACCCCAUCAAGCAGCGCCGGGCUUAUUUCCGCCUCUGGAAUGCGGCACUGGGGGGAUUCCUGGCCGUGCCGGACCACGUGGAAGACAUGAAGGCAGGCCGUGUGGUGGUCUCUGAGCCUGCAGCUGGAGGUAGUUGCAUCUGGUACUAUGAAGAUGGGCUGCUGAAGAACCAGGUGGCCCCCACCAUGAGCCUGCAGGUGAUUGGGCCCCCCAGCACAGGCUCAAAGGUGGUGCUGUGGGCUGAGAGCCGCCUGCCCCGUCAGACGUGGAGCAUCAACAAAUCGGGCCACAUCUGCAGCCAGAUGUUUGAAGGUCGGAUUCUAGAUGUGAAGGGUGGCCGGGGCUAUGACCGGGACCACGUGGUGCUGUGGGAGCUGGCCAAGGACAGGGCUUCUCAGAUCUGGACCAUACACGUGCUUUGACACCCUACCCUCCCAGUCCCGGUGGCUUUCUCUGAGAUGAAAUGUUUUUAUAGUAUUUUUUGUUGUUGUAACAUAAGUUGUUUUCUAAUAUCCUCCUGGGUGUCCUC